AUGUUCAAUCAAAAAUUCACAGCAAUUAUUAUUUUAUUUUUCGUUUUAAAAAAUUAUUCAGAAGGAGUAGGAAAGGGAGGGAAAGGAAAAAGUCUAGCAAGUGUUCAUCAUCCAGAAAACCCUAUUUGUAUUUAUGGACAACAAAACCAAGGAAGUUCUGGAGUAGGUACUUCAUCUGCCCCAGUAGCUACACCUGGAAAUUGUUCUUGUAAAUGGAAUGAAUGUGGACAAGUUUUUGAUAAUGUUGAUACUCUUCUGGAACAUGUAUAUAAUGAACAUGCAUUAAUGCAAAAGGUAUAA